CGCCGCGGCCUGCGGGCCCGUGAGCGCACAAGUCUUCUGCCUGGCGCCGCUUGCGACCAGCGUGUGUGGCCCGGGUGUGCUCCGAAGGGGCACCACAGCCAGGGUGGCGGGGGAGCGAGGGAAGAAGCCCUCGGAGGAGGGCGGCGUGCGCCGAGCCCACGGCGCGACGCGCCCCCGCGCGGUGGCCUGCGCGCGCCCCGCGGGGGGCCGGGCCCUCUCCCCCGCCGCCUCGCGCCGCCGAGGCGCGCCGCCGAGGCGCCACGCUCGCCCGCCCCCGGCCUGUGCCGGGGUCGGCUGCACUACAGAGGCGGCGAGCGCAGCGUCCCGAUCGCCCGCUGGAGAUUUCAGGCACGAGGCGAAAGCCAGGGUCUGUCCACCCCCGACCUGA